AUGAGAGGCCUCCAGCCCAGCUGCCUCUUGCUGUGCGUGGUGGCCGCCAGCGCCAUGCCCACGGUGCCCUGGCGGGUGGCGUGUCCCCCGCGCUGCGUCUGCCAGAUCCGGCCUUGGUACACGCCCCGCUCCGCAUACCGCGAGGCGGCCACGGUGGAUUGCAACGACCUCUUCAUCACCUCGGUGCCCCCCGAGCUGCCCGAGGGCACGCAGACCCUGCUGCUGCAGAGCAACAACAUCGCCAGGCUGGAGCAGGGCGAGCUGGGCUACCUGCGGAACCUGUCGGAGCUGGAUCUGUCGCAGAACAGCUUCUCUGACAUCUGGGAUUUUGGGCUCAGGAAUAUGCCCCAGCUGCUCAGCCUGCACCUGGAGGAGAAUCAGCUCUCCCAGCUGCCCGACGGCAGCUUCCCGGGUUUGGGGAACCUUCAGGAGCUCUACCUGAACCACAACCGGCUCCGCAGCAUCGCCCCUCGCGCCUUCGCCGGCCUGGGCGGCCUCCUGCGGCUCCACCUCAACUCCAACCUGCUGAGGACGCUGGACGGCCGCUGGUUCCAGAUGCUGCCGAGCCUGGAGAUCCUCAUGGUCGGGGGGAACAAGGUGGACGCCAUCCUGGACAUGAAUUUCCGGCCUUUGGGCAACCUGCGGAGUUUGGUGCUGGCCGGGAUGCAGCUGAGGGAGAUCUCGGAUUACGCCCUGGAAGGGUUGAGGAGCCUGGAGAGCCUCUCCUUCUACGACAACAAGCUGGCAGAUGUCCCCAAGAGGGCUCUGCAGCAGGUGCCCGGCCUGAAAUUCCUGGAUCUGAACAAGAACCCGCUGCAGAGGGUCAAGCAGAGCGACUUCACCAACAUGCUGCACCUCAAGGAGCUGGGCCUCAACAACAUGGACGAGCUGGUGUCCAUCGACCAGUUCGCCCUCAUCAACCUCCCCGAGCUGACCAAGCUGGACGUCACCAACAACCCCAAGCUGUCCUUCAUCCACCCCAAGGCCUUCCAGCACCUUCCGCAGCUGGAGACGCUGAUGCUCAACAACAACGCCCUAAGUGCCUUGCACCGGCAGACGGUGGAGUCGCUGCCCAACCUGCAGGAGAUCAGCAUCCACGGAAACCCUCUGCGCUGCGACUGCGUCAUCCGCUGGGUCAACAGCACCCGGCCCCGCGUGCGCUUCAUCGAGCCCCAGUCCACGCUCUGCGCCGAGCCCCCCGACCUCCAGCGCCGCCACAUCCGCGACGUUCCCUUCAGGGAGAUGACGGAGCAGUGCCUGCCGCUCAUCUCCGCCCGCAGCGUCCCGGCGCACCUGGACGCCGAGCUUGGGGACGACGUGGCGCUGCACUGCCGGGCGCUGGCGGAGCCGGAGCCGGAGAUUUAUUGGGUGACGCCAGCUGGGGUGAAGCUGCUGCCGUUCGGGGAUGACGGGAAAUUCAAGGUGCACUCCGAGGGGACGCUGGAGAUCCGCGGGAUCGCGGCGAGCGACGCCGGGCUCUACACGUGCGUCGCUCACAACCUGCUGGGCGCCGACACCCGCGGCGUCCGCGUGUCGGUCAACCGCUCCUUCCCGCUGGGCCAGGCCGAGCUGCAGCUGCUGGUGGUGGAUGUCCAACCCCACCACGUCCUGUUGGCCUGGCGGCCGAGCCUCAACGCCGUCUCCUCCAACCUCACCUGGGCCAGAUCGGUGCCGGGUUCCCGGUUGGGAGAGGCGAGGAUCCCGGCGGGAAUCCACAGCUUCAACGUCACCCGGCUGCGCCCCGACACCGAGUACCGCGCGUGCCUGCGCGUCGCCUUGGUGGCAUCGCCCGUCAGGGUGGCUUGUGUCACCACCAGGACUAAAGAGGCCACGCAGGGGAUGCUGUGGGGACAGGGGACGCUGGUGACGGCGCUGCUGCUGUGCCUGCUGCUCCUGGGGGCGGCGGCGCGCGCCGGAUCCCGGCGGGAAUCGCUCCGUAGGGCCGGGGCCGUGCACGUGGUUUAUCCCCUGCGGCCCCGGGGACACCUCCUGGCCGUGGAGGUGCAGGCGGCGCCCUUGGAGUGUUGAGGGAGGAUGGAUUUUGGGGGGAUUCAGUGG